UCUAACAAAUCCCCAAGCUCCCUCUCCACGCAACUACCCUUUCGCAACAUCAACCUUCACAUCCAGGCCCAUUGUUGCCGGUGUAUGCGAGCCGGACUCGCACAUACAAUUCCUUGCUACUUCGCUCGUACUUGACGCGGUCGCUGCACAUCCGUCGCUCGUUUCACCCGCACCAUCGCUCACGACAACCGACUCGUCACCCUUUGUACGCGCGAAGUAACGAGCCUACGACUCUGGUAGUCGCUUCAGACCUCGUCGCACGGAGUUCGUUUUAGAUUGAGGCCGGCCUCAUCGACCUUUCUCACCUUGUCGCGUGGUAAUCAGCCGGGCCGUGACCGCUCUGCGACCGCUCCAUGGCCAUGUAUCCCAAUAACCAGCACCCUUCAAUGCCACCGCCGCAACAGCGGACCGUGGCACCAGAGACCUUCCUGCUCGAUCACGAAGCGCAGCAGAGUUUACCUGCGGACUCUGUCGUGGCCCUGCAGCAAGUAGACAACCUCAAAUACUUCCUCAUCUCAGCUCCUGUAGAUUGGAGCCAGGACCAGUACAUCCGCCGCUUCCUGCUGCCUACUGGCGAAUAUGUCUCCUGCGUGCUAUGGAGCAACCUCUUCCACAUCUCCGGCACGGACAUUGUACGAUGCCUCUCCUUCCGCUUCCAGGCAUUUGGCCGACCAGUUAAAAAUUCCAAAAAGUUUGAGGAGGGUAUCUUCUCCGACCUUCGUAACUUGAAGUCUGGUACGGACGCAUCGCUUGAGGAGCCUAAGAGUCCUUUUCUGGACUUUCUGUACAAGAACAACUGCAUCCGCACGCAAAAGAAGCAGAAGGUGUUUUACUGGUACAGCGUGCCUCAUGACCGCCUCUUCCUCGAUGCGCUGGAGCGUGAUCUGAAGCGAGAGAAGAUGGGCCAGGAGCCGACAACAGUGGCAGUUAGCGAGCCGGCGCUGUCGUUCGAAUUCGACGCUUCGCAAUCACUCUUCGAGCAGCUCACGAAGGCGCAGCAGAGCAGUCAGUCCAGCUUAAACGGCGCCCAGCCUGCGUCUGUCCCGCCAUCACAUGCAACCUCGCCCGUUCUGCGCGCUGCCGAUUCGAUGCCGCCGCCAGCAACUAUUCCUCAGCAACAGCACCAGCAGCAACAGCACCAGCAUAUUCCGACAACCAUAAUGCCUCAACACAGUAUGCCACUAGCCAUACCUGAUGAGCCACUGACACAGAUGCCAACCUACUCCCAGAUGGUCAUGCCGCCUAUGCCUUCGCAAAUUCAGAAAACACGUGAGCAGUCUGUCAAUCCCGUCUUCGAUCGAAACGGCGUGCCCUUGUCACAGGUCGCCCACAGACAUAGCUCCAUGCCCGCUUACAUGGAGUACUCUCCAGCACCAUCUUUCGUCUCGUCGCACUUUGAGGACUACAGCCAACGCGGUCUGUCGUACGAGCCACUCACGCCACCUCAGCAUGGUAUCGGUCUUGGUCAAGAACCAGCCUACAUUGCCAACGAGGAGACUGGCCUCUACACUGCCAUUCCGGACGUUGGCCUGCAGCAACCCUUUAAUCCGUUCAUGGCGAUGCCCACCGUCCCAGGCGCCCACUUUCCUUCGAUGGCGCGCAACUACCAGCCACAGCAGGCUUACUCCAUCCUAGAAGGCUCGCCAACCUACAAGCAACGCCGACGCCGCUCAUCCCUGACUCAAGGCGGCAUGACGACGCCCGCACCGAUUGGCGGCACGGUCAGCGCCCAUGCUGUCUACCGGCCGAGUGAUCUCAGGCGCUCUAUGUCUACCUCGGUCCAACCACAAGUGAUCCCAGAAGCUCAUGAGGUGUCCAGCUACAAUGACUCGCCUGCAAGCAUGCACAUGUCGCACCAUCCGAACCCAACGAUAGGUGAGCACAAGGAGCUCAUGAGCCUGUCACGACAUGGCACGCCGCAACAUGCUCUUGAUGGUGCACCAGACGAGUUUGCACCUGCCAUGGCUCAGCCGCAAUCUAUGCUCACUGGCGUCCACACGGAAGACUUCGCCAGCUACAACAGCAGCCCGAGCCAGAUGUAUCCUCAGAUGCCGCUUCAGCAUCACGCCGUGCAGCGGACGGCCAACGGCGUCUUCCGACGGGCUCGCAGUGCUACCCUCAGUGAGAUGGCACCCUACCCGCAGAAGUCUCACUCCUGCCCUAUCCCGAUGUGCGGACGCCUGUUCAAGCGCUUAGAGCACCUCAAGCGCCACGUUCGUACACACACGCAGGAGAGGCCGUAUCUUUGCACGCUAUGCAACAAGGCCUUCUCACGAUCAGACAAUCUUGCACAGCAUAAGCGCACGCAUGAGACGAGCGCUGAUGGCUCUGCUCCGUCUGAAGAGGAGAUGGAAGAGGAGCGGGACGCUAUGGAAGGUCUUGCCGCGGACGAGGCCGAGGGCGAUGGUAUCGCGGCAAUGUCCUUCCCGUCCGCCAUGACUACCGGAGACAGUGUCAUGCCCUCGCAUGUGGAUCUUCGGUCACUUACGCAGGGCGAAAUGGGACCACCUCCGACGACGAUGCUGCAUGCGGCGCAGUACCACUAGGCCUGAUGUCAUGCUCGUCUGGCUCGUGGGCAUUCCACUUCGAAUCUUGUAUUGCAUGGAAUGUGUUUCUCUUCCCGUUGUCGCUAGCUAGAGCUUGGACGGGGAGACCGAACGCUGGCAAGGCACCUACGAUGAUUGUAUGAUUUGCUUUAGAAGUUCAAAAGAGGGCACUGCUUGCAGUAGAUAUCAGAUGCGCAGGAGACGGAUGGCGAUCUCUUUCCCCUCUAUACGGUUGAGCGAGGAGUUGGUUCGGUAACAAGCCGAAACGGAACGAGAUAGAAAUGAGUAAGCUUCACUAACUCUUCAAGUGAAUCUCCGAAUUGGAUAUCUGCAUGCUCC